AUGGAGGCCCCUGCUUCAGGCCCUCGACCCCGAAUUUUGGGCCGCUCCUCCAUGUUCUGCUUUUUCCGGAGCUUGGUGGGCAGCAAGCGCAGCCCGAAGAGCUCAGACAAGGCCCCGCAGAAGGGCCUGAGGGGGCAGGACGCCGUCCCCUUGAUGACCAACCGUCACCGUUGGGGACGAGCUGCAUGGAGGGAGACCAGGCCUCCCACCAGGCUGACCUGCGCCCGCCCUGGGGCCCUGCCGCGGCCCAGCCCCUCGGGGCUGGAGAUGGGGGCCCCAGGGCCCCAGACCUCCCCAGCUGCAAAGGUCCUGAGGGUCGUGGCUCAGAGCGUAGAGGUGAAGCCAGUCCUGCCCAGAGGAAGCCAGGAGGUGCUGGGCCACCUGUCUGAGCUGGAGGAGAGGGAAGAGGCGGCCACAGGGGAGGCCUCAGGGAAUACGGGCACCUCAGAAAGGGGCCACUCUGCCCAGGCCUUGGUGGUGGAGCUGGGAUGCGUGCCGAGGGCCGUGGGGCCACUGGAGUUCAGCCCCGAGGCCUCCAGGGAGGAGGAGUGUCUGCUUGAUGGUGACCUAAGGCUGGCCUCCUCCAAGGUGGGGGCAGCUCCCUGGAACCGCCUCCUCGGCUUGUACAAGCGGCUCCAGAAGGGGGCCAUGGCCAAGUUCCCUCUCAAGGAAGGCCUGCCCGGAGAGGAGCCAGGCGAGGAAGAGGAGGCGGAGGAGGAGGAAGACAGCGCCCUCAAGCUCUGCGUCCCAGGCACCGUCACCCUCCAGUCACCGCUGCAUAAGGCCUUCAGGUCAACGGACACAGUAGGUUUUGUGGAGGCGGAGCUAAAGAAGCUUCUGGUUGUUCAGCGGGAGUCCCGCCUCUGGAAGAUGGUUGGCUACGACGGCCGGGAGCUGCUGACCCAGCCAGAGAUCACCCUGGAGGAGGCGGGCGUCGUGGACGGCCAGCACCUGCUUCUGGAGGAGAUGGAUGAGAUGGGAAACUGGCCUCCAGAGUGAAGCCAGCGCCGCCCGGGGUCCCUGCAAGUGUGGAGGGAUGGAGCCCUGCUUCUCAGGGCACCUCAAGGAGCCCCUGGGGGCAAGGGGUCUCAAGAUAACCCGUGUCUGUGCAUCUGCAGGGUGGGCCUGCCCGGCAGACUGC